GCUACAAGAGGGGCGGGAGCGGCGGGGGCUGGACCGCGGCCCCUCCGGUACCGGCAGCGGCUCCGCGCCCCGCCCGGCCCCGCCGAGCCGCCGCCGCACCGCAGGGGCAGCCAUGGGCAAGCACAGCAGCAAGCUGGCCCCGGAGAUGCUGGAUGACCUGGUGAGGAGCACGGAGUUCAGCGAGCAGGAGCUGAAGCAGUGGUACAAGGGCUUCCUCAAGGACUGCCCCACCGGCAUCCUCAACCUGGAGGAGUUCCAGCAGCUUUACAUCAAGUUUUUCCCCUACGGCGACGCCUCCAAGUUUGCCCAGCACGCCUUCCGCACCUUCGACAAGAACGGGGACGGCACCAUCGACUUCAGGGAGUUCAUCUGUGCCCUGUCUGUCACCUCCAGGGGCACCUUUGAGCAGAAACUCAACUGGGCCUUCGAGAUGUACGACCUGGACGGCGACGGGAAGAUCACGCGCCUGGAGAUGCUGGAGAUCAUUGAGGCCAUUUACAAGAUGGUGGGGACUGUGAUCAUGAUGAGGAUGAACCAAGACGGGCUGACACCCCAGCAGCGAGUGGACAAGAUCUUCACAAAGAUGGACAAGGACAAGGAUGACCAGAUCUCCCUGGAGGAGUUCAAGGAGGCCGCCAAGAGCGACCCCUCCAUCGUCCUGCUCCUGCAGUGUGACAUGCAGAAAUAGAGCCCUGCCACCCAGGGCUGGACUGGCUGCAGCCAAACUCUGCCCCCUGUGCUGGUUUCAAUCCCCGUUUUUUUCCCCCAUUUGGCCCCAGGCAUGAGCCACAUUCCAUUCCUCCUGCUGCCCCUGCUCUGGCUGCAUCCUGGGCAGCCCACCUUGCACACCCUCGAGCUCAGAGCCUGCUCUGAGUGCUGCCAGCCCUCUCCCACCCUGGGGAUGGAUGCCCUGCAGCCACUGGUGUGUCCUGGCUGAGCAGGGCCAGCUGCUCCCACGUCCCUGCUGCUUUCUCCCUGCUUGCCCCAUUCCCUGAUCCUCGCUGAGAUCAACUGUGUCCCCCUUCUGCUGCUUUCCCCCCACUUCAUGGCUUGUGAUGUCUCCAGGGAGGCUGAAAAGUCCCAAGUCCUGCUCCUGGUUCCUCCUUCACUGGCAAUCCCCUGGAAGGCUGCCUGGAGAGGUCAGGGCGGGGUUUUGCACCAGCUUGAGCUCUUCCACCUCUGUUUUUCCUGCUGGGAACAGCCAGGCUUGGUCAGGACACUCUAGCAGAGAACAGAAGUGUCCAAAGCCAGCCCAGGAUGUGGCCAGUGUCCCAUCCCAGCAGGUGGGUGAUGUCCCCAGCUGCCCUGGGCGCUCUGUGGCAUUUCUGACCCUCCUGGAUGUUGAGGUGAGGCUUUCAAUCCCCAGCUGGAGGCAGGGUCAGGAGGGUGGGUGUGGAAGGCAGGUCCUGGUGCUGCUCCUGGGUGUGUGGCACUGCUGUGGGGACAGCUGGGUGCGGGAUGGGGGCUGUGGGGAGGUGUGGAUGGGUCCUGUCCCUGCUGAGCCUCCUGGCAAAGCUCUGAGACCACAAGAAACAAAUCUAUCUCCUUCCUCCCCCCUCCCAGCCUGCUGCAUCACCCCUCCUGUCCCAGGCUGGUGUUUAGUCUGCACGUUGUGGUGUUGGUGGCUGUGGUGUCUGUUAGGAGAUGGUGAAGUCGUCACUUAUUUUUUUAAUGGAAAAAUAAACUGUCCCCCCGUG